AUGGAUGGUUACCUGACUAGCCUUGAUCGGCCUAACUGUUCGGGAUGGUUUUUCCACUUCAAGAAAAUGCCUGUCAAGUAUUUUGUUAUCUUGGAUACGUCACCUGGGCGGGAAGUGACCCUUCUUGCUCGUGAAGUGGCUUGGGCCGCGCUCCGAGCCCAAGGUUUGGGAGGGGGUAAUACGAACCACGGAAAUAGGCGAAGCAUCGGACAUUCUCUUCCAUAA